GUCACAACAAUGUGAGGGGACCUUUAUCGAUUGAGUCAGUUUUUAACUUUUUUUUUGUACGGUAAACGUCAGCGUGACAGCUGAGCGUGCUGGAGCGUGAAUGUUUGGCGCGUUUCUUGGUUGGGAGUCUAUUUUUGAAGAGGUUUUCUAAUUUAUAGGUUCGAUUAUGAAUGGAAAAAGUUAUUUUCAGUCGUAUCAUUUAUCGAAUGAUACUUUAAGCAAGCUGGGAAGUAUAGGAGGCCGGUUAACAGGUGAUACUCGUUUUCAGGCGAAUCCUGCGUGGUUGAUUAUAGGUGGCAAGGUUAGAUGGUGUUUAACGGUUAACCACCAGGAUGAAGAUGCACAAAGUAGUGAAAACGGUAGUAGCGAUGAAGACAAUUUAGUUGAUGAGAAAAAUACUGUUGCUGGAUCAAUGCAAUUUCUUGCCACGCAAUUCUUUUUGACACAAUCAGAAGGAACAGAUAAUCUUAAAGGCACACAUGUUGAAUCUCAGAAAUCAUAUGUUUUAGACACUUUUUAUGAAGACUUGGAGCACAGUAAUAAGAAAUGUAAUAUUUUAUGUAUGGAUCAAUUGUCUGAUAAUGAAGUUUUGGAUGUUGUACAAAGUUUGGGAGACAAAUUAAGUAUAAAGGGGACUUAUUAUCUUUGUCAAUCCAUUUGUGAUACUGAGAUUGAUCAAAGAAUGAAAUAUGCAAAUGUGAUAUGUACACAUUUACUUUUGCCAAAGUUGAUUGAUCUGAAGGAACCAUCUAGAUUAAUUGUAUCAGCCAUUGGGGAAUGUAUUGAUAAAUUUCCUGAAGAUAUGCAAAAACUGAUAUUUGUGCCAAUGCUUAAUGCUGAUUUAAAAGAUUCCACAGCGAUUCUUGCAAUUAUAAAUGGUUUUGACAGUCAAAAACAACACGUGCUCUUUUUGGAAUUUAUCACUCAUGUAAAAGAACUGAAAUCAUGGCACAUUUUAAUACUACAGAAGUUACUGACUCGUAACAUAGAUGACAAUUCAAAAGACAAACUACUUAAAUUGUUAUUUGAAAAGUCACUUGAUUUCUGUCGAGAUAAAAGUUAUGGAAAGUUCAUUCUAAGCUUCUCAAAGGCAUGUUCGCCGUUUUCAGAGGAACAACGUACUUUACUAAAACAACUAGUAGCCGUUAAUAAGACUGUAUUUAAGAGGCCCAUUGAAAAUAUAAUUAAAAAUUUAUAAUUCGUA